AUGGCAACCUAUCCUUCUCGAGGAUUUAUGGAGCGGGUCAUGAAGGUGAGAUUGUGGACUUCCGUGCUGUUGUUGGGUGUCCCUCCUGAUUAUCGAUUAGCUGGGUGGUACCAACCAGAGACUUCCUACCAAAUAUUCAAUCGUGUCAUGUCGGACGUUGAUGUUGCAACUGGGAGGUUGCCAACCACAGACUCGCCUACGUAUAGUACAACCGGAGCGGCCUCAGUUUUUGACAUCAAGAAUGCGAUGCCAGAGCAUCCUCCCGCCCAAUGCUACUUCUGGGACAUUAUGGAAACCUGUACACCAACGCAAGCAAGGCAAUUCAACAACGGGACUGCCAUCGCGAAAGACUUCGUAAUGAUAGGAUACCUCUUGGACAACGGCACGGCCAUUUAUUACUAG